CUUGAGGGACGUUUGUGUGAAGUCGUUUAGCUCUACCGACACACAAAGACCGAUUUUUUUUUUUUUUUUUAGAUUUUAUUCCCCUCACGCUUCCAAGGACCUCCRCACUCCUGCCUCCUUUUCACGGUUCGACGCUAAAAGCGACGGAAGCCUAUUUUUCCUCUCUUUUUCGGUCUACGCAGAACCCUUCACCACAGSAACCAUGUUUGAGGCUCGCCUGGUCCAAGGCUCCAUCCUGAAGAAGGUGCUGGAGGCCCUGAAGGAUCUGAUCACAGAAGCCUGCUGGGACGUCAGCUCCUCCGGCAUCUCUCUGCAGAGCAUGGACUCGUCCCACGUCUCUCUGGUCCAGCUCACUCUGCGACAUGACGGCUUCGACUCGUACCGAUGUGACAGAAACCUGGCCAUGGGAGUCAACCUGACCAGUAUGUCAAAGAUCCUGAAGUGUGCAGGGAACGAGGACAUCAUCACCCUCAGAGCAGAAGACAACGCAGACACACUCGCACUUGUUUUUGAGACCCUCAACCAGGAGAAAGUCUCAGAUUAUGAAAUGAAGCUCAUGGACCUGGACGUGGAGCAGCUCGGUAUUCCGGAGCAGGAGUACAGCUGUGUGGUGAAGAUGCCCUCCGGAGAGUUCGCUCGCAUCUGCCGCGACCUGUCUCAGAUCGGCGACGCCGUCAUGAUCUCCUGCGCCAAAGACGGAGUGAAGUUCUCCGCCACAGGAGAGCUGGGAACAGGAAACAUCAAGCUGUCCCAAACCAGCAACGUGGACAAGGAGGAGGAGGCUGUGACGAUUGAGAUGAACGAACCUGUCCAGCUGAUCUUCGCUCUGAACUACCUGAACUUCUUCACAAAAGCCACACCUCUGUCUAAAACCGUCACCCUCAGUAUGUCUGCUGACAUCCCCCUCGUGGUGGAGUACAAGAUCGCUGAUAUGGGUCACGUCAAAUACUACCUGGCUCCAAAGAUCGACGAGGAGGCUUCUUAGAUCGUAACAAAUGAAAAAAAGGUUGAGAGGCGGAUCAGUGAGACUCAUCCUGUAAGACUGAAGGUCUGAGGAGAUCUUAGCUGAAGGAUCUUUGGGAGGAACCAUCAGCAGCUGAGAGUCUGGUUCUCAUUUUUCCAAAAGUUUCUCUCUUCUCUUCAAGGAWAGUUUUUUGUAGAUAACACACUUGUAAAUAAGUCCUGUGGUUUAUUUUUGUCGGUCAAAUCCAGAUGUUUUUGUAAUAAUGGGUUCAAUCCUAAAUAAAUUGAAUUGUUUCAGAA